AUGCCUUCAACGUCCUCAACAGCAAUUUUGGUUGCGCCCAGGGGACCCACUGUGCGUGAGAAGGGUGAUCAAAUCCCAUCAUUAGUCGAGCUUCUUUUGGAGUUAUCAAGUUCUGUAAGUGGCGAUUUUGCUAGUGGAUUCCAACGCGGCUGCCCCGCAGCAGCUUUGGGCACAGGGAACGUAACUUGUGUGAGUGCGGCCCAUCCUUCCUCUACCUCCUCGGAUGGUUCGUGGAGUAACUCAGUGCGCGUGCCGCGCAAGCGACGCCGACACGUGCUGGAUGCAUUCUUCGAUACGGCCGCCUGUUGCCCGACAUCGUCGCCCGCGCCCCUUCGCCGCCGCAUACGUGAGCUAUUCCGUAACGCGAAGCAGAAUGUUCUUCACACAGCGAAAACCCACGCCUCCAUGCUGGAGCUGCUUUGCUCUCUAAUUGCCCCCUGUGUUGUGCGUAACUGCAGUGCGCCGAAUGGAACGGACGAUAGGGAGCUUUCGGAAGCAGAAUUGAUGCUGUAUAUCGUCCUUCGGACAAGCAUUGCCGCCGCGCCCACGUGGCAGAAACCGCCCGUCGUUCCGCGCUGCUGGUUGUCAUCGUCAAUAACGGCAAUCGUGGAGCGGUCAGUUGAGAUACAACAAGCUCUGUGCUGGUCCUGUGACCCCGACCCCGUCGUGACUGCAGUUUUGGGUAUAAAUGCUGUUGAACACAGGCGUUUGGCACUAAGCUCAUUUAAUUUCUCCCAGUGGUUGAAUGAUUUGCCCUGUCACGUUGACGGUGUGAGGGGCGCUGCCGCUUCGUCGCCUAGUGAAGGCUCAAGGUUAACAGGAUUCAGUCGUUAUAGCAAGACUCACUGCUCUUGGGUUGCGGUGGAGAGUGAAGAUGUGCGGCGGCUGUUUGAAAGGAAGCGGACGCACGUAAUGGCUAGCGAGGAAGGGCCGGCAGCCUGCCAGUAUGGGUGGUUAAUGGAGGGUUCAAGCGCGUGUGGAACAUCCCCACUGGAUGUCGCUUCCCGUAGUAUUGCAGACGAUUUAACCAGUUCGUGUUUUUCGCUGUUCCGUGAGGUUUACCCGUCUCACUCACCCUUCUGUUCCCUCCUGUACGUCGCACUUCACAGGAGUGUUAUUGGGCGGCAGGACCCUUACUUGCUGUUGUCCUUACGGCAAGAAAACUCGGAUUACAAAGAUUCACCUACGAACUCAUUGUCACCUCCAUUCAGGUCUCCACUACUACCGCGCGUGUUUGCUACACCAGGGGCGCCUUCCUCAUCCUUUCCCUGCAUCACGGUGAGCGCGGAGUUUCUUUGCUCGGUUCGUUGCAGCAAAGGAUGCAAGGAUCUGGGGGGUAAGGCUUCUCAGUCGUCAAUCACCGACGGCACCGAAGCGUUUGAAGCCGCAAGCACGGUUUGCUCCAGGGGUGUCAUGGCCAUGUUGCAGUGGAGUUGUCGCUGUGGAACAUUGUUCCUCCGACUCCUUCACCUUUGCGACGUUGCCGAACGUCCGGAGUUUCGAGUGGCCCUUGGAUUGUACGGCAGGAGUGCCAUCACCGCCUUACGCAGAUUGCUUUUCCAUUUGCAGCGCCUCGUGGUGGACAUCUCUGAACGACCCGGAGGUCCACGCGGCGUAUCAUUUUCGGAGCUAGUGCUGGCGAGUCAACGCCUCCGUCCCGUGGUGGAGGAUGUAAUAACGCUGAGUGAUAUCUUUCACGUGCAUGCCGAGGCUGCAUGGGAUCCCGAUACUGCCAUUAGGGAAAUUUCGUCAGCCACACUACUUUCGGCACUUCAUGGGCACUACCAGCGGCGGCUAACAAACAAACUCGGAUGCGGUACCAGUCCUGGCGUCUCACGGGCGCAACCGGACGUUGUUGGGAAUGUGUUCAUCUCUGUGCUACAGCCACUGCACAAAACGCUGUGGAUGUGGAUUUGUAGGGGUGAGUUGCACGACCCCUUCGAUGAGUUCUUUGUUGUUGCGUCGGCUGGUGCUCCGGGUUUGAGCUACUCUGUGGAUGUCUCACCCCAGAGACUCCCUAGUUUCAUUUCAGUGGAGGCUGCGCACAAAAUUCUACAUGCCGGCAUUAGCCUCCGUGCUCUCCGUAUUGCCACGCUUCAUAUCCAGGAGUGUGUGGAAAAAAACCAAAGGGGUCAACGGGGGUUGGUUGAGGAUGUUGACGCUGCUGCCAUGCUUCGGAGUAAGGUGGAAGAUGCGGCUCGCAUCAAAGGCUUCCUUCAAGACUUCAUGAAGGCGCUUACUGGUUAUCAGCGCUCUAAAGAGCUUUUGUCAACCCCAAUGGUAGAUUUGUUGCUGAAAGAAGGUGAGCUGCCGUACUGGCACACUUUUUAUCGUGCCUGCAGUGGGAUAUUACUUCCCUCUUGUGGCGACGUGGCGAGCGAUGAAGCUAAAAAUGAUGAACCCGAGAACGGCACCGCUGGUUGGGAGGGAUCUUCUCUGGUGGUGCUCGAGGAGUCCCAACAGCCAGGUGAAGUUGGACCUAGCGGCUCAUUUGGAUCAUCGGACCAAAGAUCGGUGAGCGUCGUUGGUGUAGAGGUCGUAUCAAUGAGUGCAAGCGUGUCACACUCGACCGGGGCUGCGUCGCCGCCACAGGGAACAAUGUCGGUGGAUACAACUUUUGCUACUGGAGCCGUAGGCAAAGGGGAAACGGGUGCGUCAACGACUCAGGCAACGUUGUGUCGUGAGUACGAAUUGGGGUUGCUCCACCGCCAAACGAGGCAGCGGUUACAACAGUGGAAGGCACAGCGACAGUCCCUUAACUUAUCUCGUGCCUCCGCCAUAUCAAGAACCGUUGAUGAGCUGGCCGACUUCUAUGAAAAUGCGAGAAGGAUCGGACCACUACGUUGUGGGGCUCCUGGCAGGUGGACUGAGGAGGAAAGUAUCGGGAUGGAUGAGGGUGCCCCUGACCACAACAUACUUUAUAGGAUCGUGGAGCCCUUGCGACAGGUCCCCCUGAUAAACGUCGAAGAGGAUGGUGCUGUGGACAACCUUACAAUCGCUUCCCCACUCUGCAACGUCUCCGCUGGCGAAAGUGGUACAGUCUCGGUUUCAUGUUCUCUGACAUCACUGGGUUGUGCGUCCAAGUCGAGGUUACCGCCCCGACGUAGCAGCCGCGGUGAAGUUAUCGUAGGAGCGUCUUCUACCGGCUUCGGCCACUUGAGUGGAUGUGGUUCUGUCCGUGGUGGAGGUGAAGCGGCGGUUGUGGCGGCAUCCGAUCCGUUUGUGCACUCACCGGAGAUGUAUGUUGUGGCUGAUAUCAAUGAUGAUGAGUACCUGAUGAAACGCGCGGGGCCCCACGUCACCGACACAAGUGCAGCGGAUGAGUUAAUUGCUCUUCUUGAUGCGAAGGAAGCGACGAUUCGAAACUAUGAUAUCUCAAGCGAAGAGUACCAGCGAGGGUGCGAGGCAGCGGCGCUAGAAAUUCUCCGGUCUGUGGAACGGUGUGAUGGUGGCAGCGUUGCAGGUGCCGGCCGCAUUAUCAGCAAUGUUUGGUGGACUGACCCAACAGAUUGUGAAGAAGAUGCUGCAUAUUUACAAAACAGUUAUGAGGAAGGCAAAGAUGGCCCCACUGUGGCUGACAUCCCGUCGUUAAGUGCGUCACCAAACACCGCAAAGACCCUCACAGAGAGACAGGCAAAAAAUUUGCUGCAUUGUUCACAUUACUAUCUUUCACUUGGUCACUUUACAGCAAACUAUUUGACGCACAAAGCAGUCCAAAUAUUGUUAUUGGAGCCUUACGGUAUUCUUUACAGGAUGACGCGCCAAUUUCUUGAUGUUUGCCUCUUGCAGAGUAGUCGUGUCGCGGACCGCAUAACCGGAUUGUGGCAGCAGGUGAUGCGGGGGUCACUUGAAAAGGGACAUUUUAACGCGCUCGGGGCAUUGGCGACUUUGAACAAUGCCUUUGUGGAAGAAUGGGAGCAUUGUGUACCCUACGGGAGCGAUACCAUACAGCUAAGAGUGGGUCUUGCUCCCGUCGGUGUUGAGAGGAACAGGAAGAGAGCCGUCGACGAGGUUGAAAGUGAGGUUGAAGGAUGUAAGGAUGAAGGCACAAGCGGAGAGUUAGUCCUCAGCGGCACAACGUUUCGUAGGCGGGCACGGAAUCCAUCAACAUCACGAUCCCCAAAAGCUGACCGGAACGAAGAAGGUACCGGCAAAGGAGUGACGUCGGUUUUGGUACCGGAUAAUCCCUUUGACUUCAUUUCCCGACUGUGUUUGUUCCAGGAGAGAGCAGACGUCAGCUUGUGGCCUAUUCCGGAGAAUGCAGUGUCUGCGUAUGGUGAUCUUUUCAGCACCCUGCUUUUCUGGAGCUCCGUGUCACAACUCAUCACACGCGUAUGGUGUAUCGGCAUUAAAUCAGAUACACCGGAAGUGUUUUUCUUCUGUAAUGCAUCGCGUUCGGUGCUAAAUGCUGUGUCUCAACACGUAUGGUACCUCGUCAGUGGCCGCGCCCGUGAGUACUGGUUGUCACUGAGGUGUGGUUCAAGCACUAUUUACGCCUAUAGAAGAAUAGAAGAUUUCACCACUGGCCACGCUGCCUUCCUGGAAUACUGCUCCUUCGCCGCUAUGCUAACUCCUAUCUUUGCGAGUGCUAGGCGGCAUGUGUAUGAAAUGGUUCAACAGUUAGAGGAGGUAGAGCGACUGCUUCUCCUUGUCGUAGAGAGGAGGACGGUUGCACAAACUGCACAGGAAGAACAUCUCCAGCCGGAUUCCAACUCCCCUUCUGUGGAGGUGAUUGGAAAAGGACAGUCCAACAAGAACAAGCAAAAAGUGAAAAGCAAAAGCAAGAAAACAACAAAGAAGGCUGGUCCAGUAGCUGAUCGUCACUCAGAACCCCAACCUGGAAGUCCGAAGAAACCCAGGGAACGUCUCAAGGAAGGGUCAAAAGCCCCCCAUGAAGUGAAUACUAAAACGUACCCAGUGGAUUAUCGGCGGAAGGUACGUGAUACCAUCCGCAGGCGCCUUCGCUCCUUCGCAGAGAUGACGGGGGCGCUAAUAGAGGGUCUGUGCUUCGCGCGGGACAGCAUUGCAGAUACGGGACAGAAGGAUGUGAAAGUGACUGAAGAUGAGGAGGAAGAGGAAGAGGGACUUCGGGGUAACGCGCAGGCGGUGGCGCGCGCCACCGCGUUGACAUCUCUAAUCCGACUGCUGGAGUCGAUGUACGCUUCGAUAAACAAUAGAAUUUAG